AUGAGUAGCUCAGAAGGUGAAGCUAUCAUUGUUGAUAAAAAUGCGUUGUUAAGACACGAAAGGCAACUCUUAAAGCAGUUGGUUCUCAUAUCAUCAGAAGAUGAGCUCCUACAGGGACCCCUUGAUCAAUUCCCUUUAAAACAGAUUGAUAUUCCUGAUUAUACUGGUGAAAAGAAACGAGAUGAAUUGAAUUUAGACUACGUUAUGAUAAAACACGAUUUGCAAGGUGAGAAACGAAUUUCUGGACAGGGACAAUUGUACGAUGGUAGAACGUGGUUGUUUAACACCUUUAGGUUUGGUGGUAAUAGCAAGGAAUCUAAUCAUUGGUUUGUUCUCGUUAGUGACUUAAUGAAAUCCUUACUCUACGAAGGUGACGAAGAAUCUUUUAUCAAGGAGUAUAGUGAAUUAUUACCAUUGGAAGCCAAUGAGCAACAACGGGCCUUUUUGAAGGAGAGGAAGCUUUUGAAUCAUGAUACAUCGUCGCAGCAACCGAUAAGGUUCUAUACAACAAGAUCUGUUUUUGUUCGAUUUGGAGCUGCUGUCAUACUUGGCGGUCUAAGAGUCUUUGAUGAUUAUUGGGAAAGUUUAGCAAGAGAAAAAAAUUUGACACCUCAUCAUAGAGUUUUCAAACUUGAUAAAAAAUUGUUGACCAUUUUGCAGAAACUGAAACCUUCUUUAUUCAUGAGAUUAAAUUCUAGUAACGAGAAUGAGGACGACGACCUUGAUAAUCGUCCAUGGAAUGGAGAGUUGUUUGAAACCCCAUAUCCCACAAUCACAGAACAGGCUUCUGCAGAGAUUAGAGAUGAAUAUGGUAGACAGUUUGCUGAGGGACAACAUACUGGGGCAGUGGUUCCUGGUCAGAGUAUCAAUGGAUCGCUGGAGCUAAGUAGUCAAUUCAAGCUACCGAAAUACCAUAGUAAGAAUUCUUUCCAACAGGCAGCUCAAUCAAAUGCAUUAGAUGUAGCAAUCGGUGGUUCACCAGAGACCCCCGUUAACCAUGCAGGUUCUCACUUAUCUUCUUCUGUCUCUAAUAUGGAAGUAUACACUUCAUCCGGACCGCCAACAUCUACCAAAUCUGGAGGUAAACGACUAUUGAGUAAUAUCAUGGACACGAACAUUUCUAGUGCAAAGGGUAAAAAAUCCGAAGAACACGAAUUAAUCAGUGCUGGUAAUGGAUUAGUCCCCACAAACGUUCAUUUAAACGUUAACGGUUGGAAGUUCGAAACUUUGCCGUUGCGUAUCCUUGGAAACGAGCCUGAAUUUUCCGCCAGAGGUCUGCCAUUUUAUGAAAAGGACAAGAUAUUGGAUAGACUAAAAAAAUUAUCACCUAACCAAAUCAAAGAACUAGAACAUUUGCAUGAUUCAGUAACUCUUAAUAAAGGUUUGCAAAGCGUUCGGAAAAUUAGAUCGAAAAAAUGGACCAAAUAUUGGCAGUAUAAAGCUGGAUUACCAGUAGGAAUUCUUAAACAUGAUGUUGAAAAGUCAAGAGACAGGUAUUUGAGGGAUGUUCUAAAUCAAAAGACCUCUAACACUAUUUAUAACGAUGCUACCCUAAUCGACGAGGUACAAAUUACAAGCAGAGCACCUAAUGCCAAUUUCUUCAACAAUUCUAACAUUAAGGGAUUUAAGCCCCCAUAUGCACCUCCGGUACGAAAAGAACAUAAAAAGUAA